CCAGGGAGAGAGGUGCCGGCUGGCCCGCGGUAUAAAAGCCUAACGCCGCCACACCGGAGCAUCACACAACCACGACACCUCCGUGAGUCAACAUGAAAGCGUUCUUGGUAUUGGCUGCUGUAGCGACGCUCGGCUCGGCGCGUCCCGAGGCGGGAUACAGUUACAAUGCUCCCGGCGGCGGCGGCGGCCUGGGAGGCCACGGCGGCGGCCACGGUGGCGGCAUCAGCAUCGGCGGCGGACACGGCGGCGGCUUCGCCUCCGGAGGCCUGAGCUCUAGCUCCUUCGGAAUCGGAGGUGGAAUCGGUGGAGGCUCAUUCUCCUCCGGCGGAUUCUCAUCUGGCGGUGGCUUCUCCUCCGGCGGCGGCGGUGGCUUCUCCUCCGGCGGCGGCGGCGGCUUCUCCUCCGGCGGUGGUUUCGGAGGCGGCUUCGGCGGCGGCUUCGGUGGCGCCCCCAUCGUCCAGAAGCACAUCUACGUCCACGUCCCACCCCCAGAACCUGAAGAACAGCGCCCACAAAUCGUGUCCGGCGGUGGUGUGCCCCAGAAGCACUACAAGAUCAUCUUCAUCAAGGCCCCCGCUCCCCCCGCGCCCGUCGCGCCCAUCAUCCCCGCUCAGGCCCAGAACGAGGAGAAGACCCUCGUCUACGUGUUGGUCAAGAAGCCCGACGAACAGCCCGACAUCACCAUCCCCACCGCCGCCCCCACCCAGCCCUCAAAGCCCGAGGUUUACUUCAUCAAGUACAAGACCCAGAAGGAGUCCGGUGGCGCCAUCGGUGGUGGAAUCGGUGGUGGAAUCGGUGGUGGCAUCUCUGGCGGCAGCAUUGGCGGUGGUAUCGGCGGUGGCAUCUCUGGUGGUAGCAUCGGCGGCGGCAUCUCUGGCGGCAGCAUCGGUGGCGGCAUUGGCGGCGGUCACGGUGGCAGCAUCGGCGGCGGAAUCGGCGGCGGCCACGGAGGCAGCAUCGGCGGCGGUCACGGAGGCUCCUCCGGCGGAGUCAGCUCCUCCUACGGCCCCCCCGGCCAGUCCGGCCCCUACUAAACCGCGCGCAAAGCGCCCCCACUUGUGAUACCUGCUCUGCCGGCGAAACCUAGUUAUAAGUAGAGAAAAAAUUACGGUGCCUAAAUGUAUUUAUGUAAAUAGUAAUUUUAAUGUUUAAUUUUAGUUGUAUUAUAAAGUUCUUUUGCAUAAAAACUUAUAAACCAACGAAUAA